CAAUUGGCAGCUCAUUAACUGCAGCACACUUACCUCCUCCUCUUCCUGGCGAGCAUAUAUAUCAAAUGCCUUCCGUCUACUCCCUUCUCCCAUCCAAAUUUGUUAUCUGAUUGAUUGUGUUGGCAUGGGGAGGUCUCCAUGUUGUGAGAAGGCUCACACAAACAAGGGAGUUUGGACCAAGGAGGAGGAUGAGAAGCUGAUCUCCUACAUCAAGGCUCAUGGCGAAGGCUGCUGGAGAUCACUCCCUAAAGCUGCUGGCUUGCUUCGAUGUGGCAAGAGCUGCCGGCUGAGGUGGAUAAACUACCUCCGACCUGAUCUCAAGCGUGGCAAUUUUACUGUCGAAGAAGACGAGCUGAUCAUCAAGCUCCAUGGCUUGCUCGGAAACAAAUGGUCUCUCAUAGCGGCGCAACUGCCGGGGAGAACGGACAACGAAAUCAAGAACUACUGGAACACGCACAUCAAGAGGAAGCUCCUCAGCCGAGGGCUCGACCCGCAGUCUCACCCGCCGAUGCCCGACCAUGUCGAUCGCCGCUUUGACACCCUAAAGCAAUCGGUGACCCAGGAGGCCAUGAUGUCGAGCGUCACGGGGAACAUCUCCGGCGACGAGGGCGGCGGCAGUGGGAGCAGGGACAAGGGCCGUCACUUCUACCUCGACCUCAAUCUCGAUCUCACUAUCAGCCUCCCUUAUAAUUGAUCAGAAAAAAAAUCCCCCAAGCAGCCACGCACUGCUUGCUCGCCUGUGCUGCCUGCCAUCACAAGGCCAUUCUCAACCGAUUAACAUGUGUAACUUAAUUAAUCAACGAUCUUGUUUCCAGUCCUCAAA